GCGGAAGAAGAGAAAAAUAAACGAUAAACAUAAAGUAUAAACAUCAGUUUCUUAAACCCUAAACCUCUCAGCCAACCGACCCAUAUUGCUUCCUUCCUUUCACGCAAGUCGCCAUCGAGAGUAGAAUUUGAACCCUCUCAAUUCGUUACUCUGUGGGUUGAAUUGAAAGCUGAAGAAGGAUGAAGGAGAAGGGAGACCCGAAGAAGAAGAAGAGAGGAUUUGGGCAAAAGGGUUCCAAGAAUAAUAAUACCAGCAGUAAGAACAGACUCUCAGUAAGCCAUGACCCUUUUUUCGAUUCAGAAGAGAAAGGAUCGAAACGGCGCCGUAGAAUGGAGGAAGAUGAUGAAGAUAUAGCCAGCAGCAGUGAGGAGGAGGUGGAGGAAGAGGAUGAGGACAGAGAAAAAAGAGAAGGAGAGAAAGAGGAGGAUGAGGAGGAGGAAGAGGAAGAGACUGUAGGUGAAAGAAAACUGAGACUUUCUAAGCAAUGGUUGGAUAAUUUUAGGGACAUUGCGGAAAGGAAGGAAUUAGAAGAUAUGGAAUCCGAAGAAGAUGAGGAUACAGAGAAAGAAAGGGUUCGGAGGGAAGGUGAGAGGGAUUCGAGGAUUGCUAAGAUUUUGCAGCGGGAACAGUUGGAAGAUAGUGGGCGAGUCCGAAGAGCCAUUGCUUCAAGGGUGCAAAAACCAGAAACAAGUGAUGGCUUUCAAAUCUUGGUAAAGCACCGGCAGUCUGUUACUGCUGUUAGAUUGUCUGAGGAUGACUCAAGAGGAUUUUCAGCCUCCAAGGAUGGAAAUAUUGUGCACUGGGAUGUAGAUAAUGGGAAAAUUGAGAAAUACAAUUGGCCAAGUGAUGAAGUGUUGAAGUCAAAUGGAGCUAAGGAUCCUCAUGGUCGAGCAACAAAGCACAGUAAUCAUGUUUUAGCCUUAGCGGUCAGUUUUGAUGGUCGGUACUUGGCUAGUGGAGGAAUGGAUCGGCAUGUUCAUUUAUGGGAUGUUCGUACUCGGCAACAUAUUCAGGCCUUUCCUGGACACAAGGGGGCAGUGUCAUGCCUGACAUUCAGGCAAGGAACUUCUGAGCUUUUUUCAGGUUCAUAUGACCGGGCGGUUAAAAUAUGGAAUGCAGAAGAUAGAGCCUAUAUAAGCUCUCUGUAUGGUCACCAGAGUGAAGUUCUGACAAUUGAUUGUUUGCGGUCGGAGAGGGUCUUAACAGUUGGCCGUGAUCGGACUAUGCACCUAUUCAAGGUUCCCGAGGAAACACAGUUGAUUUAUCGAGCUCCUGCUGCGUCCCUCGAAUGCGGCUGUUUCAUUAACAAUCAAGAAUUUUUAUCAGGUUCUGAUGAUGGUAGUAUUGAGCAUUGGAACGUUCUAAGGAAGAAGCCUGUUCAUAUUGUGAAAAAUGCUCAUGCCUCUUUCUCAUCGCACGAGGUUGAAAUGGAAAAUGGUGCACUAUCCAAUGGUCACAUAGGAAACGAUUCUAAAAGUUCUGAGAGCUUUUCACCACCCUUGGCACGUUCUUGGAUUAGCUCUUUAGCUGUGUGCAGAAGCAGUGAUUUAGCUGCAUCUGGAGCUGGAAAUGGUUUUGUCCGUCUUUGGGCAAUUCAAAAUGAAUCUAAAGGAAUCUCUCAAUUGUUUGAGCUCCCUCUGGAUGGAUUUGUAAAUUCUUUAGCAUUUGCUAGAUCUGGGAAGUUUCUACUUGCUGGAGUAGGACAGGAACCACGAUUGGGGAGAUGGGAUCGCAUUCCUGAUGCUCGCAAUGGAGUGGCAGUGCAAUCUCUGAAACUCUUAUAACACAAUCGGCAAGUGUGUGCACCAUUUCAACGUACAAUAGAACAAGAAUGCCAAGAAACAAUCUAUUGACCUUCCGGCUUCAAAAAAUUUUGUCUGUGCUAAGUUGAGUAAUUAUGUAGCAAGUCAUUGCAAUUUUUCGCUCGAUAUUCUUGUUCCUAUUCCUUCAGAUUUUGUUUUCUGAAAUCACAACCAUAUAUGCUUGUAUCCACUUCAUUGUAGCUCACUAUGAUAAAACAUUUAUGAAGGAGACAGUUAUGGAUAGAUUUGGGUUGAAGAGCAGCUGUAGAACUCCAUGAUCAGCUAGGGAACCUGAAUUUUUUUUUUUUUUUUUUUUCCUUUAUAUUGUCCAGGCAUUCCUAGCACUAGCAGAAUUCUAGUUCUUUUAGGAAGUGGAUGGAAAAUUGUAAAGUUAUUUGGUGUAAGAAUUAGAUGUCUCCCCCCUCCUGAAUUUCAUCAAUGGGUUUGGUCUUCUUAAAACAUAACAUGAUGACCUCUCAAAAAUAUAUCUUCUCAGCUCAGAUUAAUUCCUUCUGUAGUAUUUUAUUUUUUUCUUGAAGGAACCAAACUAAGAGUAAGAAUUAAUUGUCCGAAAUAGAC